CAACAGUAUCUGGAGCAGUUGGGGGGCAGCUCAGCUGGGAGGCGAGCAGGCGGAGACAGCCACGAUGCGUGAAUGCAUAUCAGUCCACGUGGGUCAAGCUGGGGUUCAGAUUGGCAAUGCCUGCUGGGAACUCUUCUGCCUGGAACACGGCAUCCAGGCAGAUGGCACCUUUGGCACUCAGGCCAGCAAGAUCAACGAUGAUGACUCCUUCACCACCUUCUUCAGUGAGACUGGCAACGGGAAGCACGUGCCCCGGGCCGUCAUGGUCGACCUGGAGCCUACUGUCGUAGAUGAAGUCCGGGCUGGAACGUACCGGCAGCUCUUCCAUCCAGAGCAGCUGAUCACAGGGAAGGAGGACGCAGCUAACAAUUACGCACGGGGACACUAUACUGUGGGCAAGGAGAGCAUUGAUCUGGUGCUGGACCGCAUCCGCAAGCUGACAGAUGCCUGCUCUGGUUUGCAAGGUUUCCUGAUCUUCCACAGCUUUGGUGGGGGCACUGGCUCCGGCUUUACUUCUCUGCUAAUGGAACGCCUCUCCCUUGAUUAUGGCAAGAAAUCCAAGCUAGAGUUUGCCAUCUACCCAGCACCUCAGGUCUCCACGGCCGUGGUGGAACCCUACAACUCCAUCCUGACGACCCAUACCACCCUGGAACACUCAGAUUGUGCUUUCAUGGUUGAUAAUGAAGCCAUCUAUGACAUCUGCCGCAGGAACCUGGACAUCGAACGCCCCACCUAUACCAACCUCAACCGCCUUAUCAGCCAGAUCGUAUCCUCCAUAACCGCCUCUCUCCGCUUUGAUGGAGCCCUCAAUGUGGACCUGACGGAGUUCCAGACCAACCUGGUGCCCUACCCACGGAUCCACUUCCCGCUGGUCACCUAUGCGCCCAUCAUUUCUUCUGAGAAAGCCUACCACGAGCAGCUCUCCGUGGCUGAGAUAACCAGCUCCUGCUUUGAGCCCAACAGCCAGAUGGUGAAGUGUGACCCGCGGCAUGGCAAGUACAUGGCCUGCUGCAUGCUCUACCGAGGAGAUGUGGUGCCCAAGGAUGUGAAUGUCGCAAUUGCUGCCAUCAAGACCAAGAGGACCAUCCAGUUCGUUGACUGGUGUCCCACGGGCUUCAAGGUGGCUCCAGGAGACUGCGAGAGCCAGGACCAGAGUUCCUGAAUAGAAGGAGAUGAGAUUGAGCCAGACAUCUGGACCAGCUUCUCUUGGUCGGGUGAUUUCUACUAGCAAUGUGAACCUGACUGCAGCAAUAGCUAUGAAGGUGAAGCCUAAGUCACAGUGGAGACCCUAGGAAUUGAGGGCACCAAGGAUUAUGGGAAGUCCACCAAAGAAAGCCAUAGACACUGGCACUGAGUGGAGCUACUCCACAGAAGAGGUGACACGUUCUGAAACAAUCAGAGCCAGAAGGGAGGGGCUACCAGACCCUCUGGAGCCCAAAUGAUUCCAUCACGAGCCUCAGGCGUGGACACACAGCUGCAGGGCUCAGUAUUUGCAGUGCUGAGCUUUGGUCAUGCGUGGAUCCAAUCUUUUCUUGCUGUCUUCCUGUUCCUUACUUUGAGAAUGGGCCUGGGAAUGCAUAUUGGAAACAUGUAAUUCUCCUUUCUUUUGUUUGAGUUUACAGGGGCUCACAGUUAAGUGGUUGCCUUGUGUAUCAGAAGAAACUUGGACUAUUGAAGCACAUGGAGACUGUUAAAGAUUAUGGGCACUUUUAAAGUUGGAAUGAAUGCAUUUUGUGUUAUGAGAUAUCCAUGACUUUAUGAGGCAAGAGGCAGAAUAUUUUUGUUUGAAUGUGAUAUGUCCCCCAUGGACUUAAGUGUGUGAACACUUGGUCAUCAGUUAGAAGUGAUGUUUGGGAAGUUUGUGGAACCUUUAGAAGGUGGAAUCUCGCUGGAGGACAUGAGUUAUGGACUUUUGACAGACUGGCUCUGCCUUUUGUUUGCUCUCUGUUUCCUGACUGAAGAAACUUUGUGUCCAGUUAUGUUCCAUUUAUACUGCCAUGUAUUCUGCCCUAUGAUGGACUGUAUGUUUUAGAACUGUGU